AUGGUCACUGAAAUAACGGACAAAAGACAUGUAAGCAGUGCAGCAUUCAGCUUGAACUGCCAACUGUCAGCAUUCAUUGACUAUGUACCCUUCUUGUCCACCAGAGUGUUUGUCAACCGAAGCUUAGCCAUGGAGAAGAUGAAGUGUUUUGGUUUUGAUAUGGAUUACACUCUGGCAGUGUAUAAAUCUCCUGAGUAUGAGUCCCUGGGAUUUGACUUGACAGUGGAGCGCCUGGUGUCCAUUGGAUAUCCACAAGAGCUGCUCAACUUUGUCUAUGACCCUUCCUUCCCCACCAGAGGAUUGGUGUUUGACACAGUGUAUGGCAAUCUGCUCAAAGUGGAUGCCUAUGGGAACAUCCUAGUGUGUGUGCAUGGAUUCAUCUUCUUAAGAGGACCUGACAUAAGAGAGCUGUACCCCAACAAAUUUAUUCAACGUGGAGACACAGACCGGUUUUACAUCCUCAAUACACUAUUCAACCUGCCUGAAACCUACCUGUUCGCUUGCCUAGUUGAUUUCUUUACUAACUGCCCCAGAUACUCAAGUUGUGAGACUGGCUUCAAAGAUGGUGACCUUUUCAUGUCUUACAAGAGCAUGUUCCAGGAUGUCCGAGAUGCUGUGGAUUGGGUUCAUUUCAAGGGGUCCUUAAAAGAAAAAACUGUUGAAAACUUGGAGAAGUAUGUGGUAAAGGAUCCAAAGCUUCUUCUCCUUCUCAGUCGCAUGAAUGAAGUAGCCAAAGUGUUUUUGGCCACCAACAGUGAUUACAAGUACACAGAGAAAAUUAUGACCUACCUGUUUGACUUUUCCCAUGGCCCAAAGCCAGGCACACCUCACCAGCCCUGGCAGUCCUACUUUGACCUGAUCCUGGUGGAUGCCCGGAAGCCUGUGUUCUUUGGAGAAGGAACAGUGCUGCGGCAGGUCGACACUACCACGGGUCAGCUGAAGCUCGGCACAUACACUGGAACACUCCAGCGUGGUAUUGUUUACUCCGGAGGAUCUUCAGACAUUGUGUGUGACUUGCUGGGUGCCAAAGGAAAGGACAUCAUCUACAUUGGAGACCACAUUUUUGGUGAUAUUCUCAAAUCCAAGAAGCGUCAGGGCUGGAGGACUUUCCUGGUGAUACCUGAGCUGGCCCAGGAGCUGCGAGUUUGGACUGACAAAAGCUCUAUAUUUGAGGAGCUUCAGUCUCUGGACUGCUUCCUGGCAGAGCUUUACAAACAUCUGGACAGCAGCAGCAACGAAAGGCCAGACAUCAGCUCCCUGCAGGGACAGAUCAAGAAAGUGACUCAUGACAUGGACAUGUGCUAUGGCAUGAUGGGAAGUCUGUUUCGCAGUGGCUCCCGUCAAACACUGUUUGCCUCCCAAGUGAUGCGCUAUGCUGACCUGUAUGCUGCGUCUUUCAUCAACCUGCUCUACUAUCCUUUCAGCUAUCUGUUCAGAGCUUCACAUGUACUGAUGCCUCAUGAGUCAACGGUGGAGCACACCCACACCAACAUUGAGACAGAAUCUCCACUUGCCACACGAAAUCGCCAUGACAUGGACUUCAUGGAGAUAAAGUGCAAACGGCACCAGUUGACCAGAUCAAUUAGUGAGAUCCAGCCUCCCUAUUUCUUCCCUCAGGCUCCACAGGAGAUCACACACUGCCAUGACGAGGAUGACGAUGAGGAGUAAAUUAAGAAGUGCAAGGGAGUCUGCAGAUUAAUCUUUUUCUCACUUUAAUUUAUCUGCUUUGAUUGUUUGAAAUUCAUCCUUUUUUAUAUAUCUAUAGGGCUGAGUCUGCCUGUCAGGUAGACAACAUGGACUUGCUGUAAAUCACAAUCAUAAAGUGUACAGAGAAGUAUAAAAUCAAGAUAGUGAGACUGAAACUGAUAGAGUGAAAGAGAAUAUCUACCUUGUUUGGGUAGAGCAGCUGUCAGUAACUGGAUCCUCCUGGUUCUGCUGGGUUUGUUAAAUUUUCUGCUUCAUUCAGUUUAUUAGAAAAGAGAAUCCACUCUUCAUUUGUUAAUUAGCAUUUUCAGUGUAAAUAGUUCAUUGCCCUGUGUCUUACUCCUGCAUCAUAUGUGUAACUUAAAAAUGUGCCUAAGGUUAAGAUCCUAACCCUAACCUCAUUUGAAUGAAUGAGCCAGAUUGGUGGUACACUUAACAUAUUUGGGACAAAAAUGAUUUUCUUCUUCCAAAGACUACUCAUCCAAUGUAGGGAUUUGACGCCAUGAUAAGAUAUUUUAGCACAAGUAGAGUUCAACAGAAAGAAUAAUAAGUUAUAACUUCUUUCAAGGAGGUUAUGUUUUCACCCGUCCAUUACCAGCUGUUUGUUGGUUUGUUUGUUAGCAGGAUUAUGCAAAAAUGGUGGUGGAAGGUUGAGACAUGGGCCAAGGAAGACACCAUUAAAUUCUGGCAUGUAUUCGGACAAAUGGGUGUUUCCAGAAGUGUGAAUGAGAAGGUCUGUUAAAGAACUAAUUCUUAUCAUUUAGUUUUUCUUAUGGUCUGUUAUAAAUGUUGCACACUUUCUGAUAAGUUUG